UUACGGGUAAAAAGGCCUGUUGAAAGACAGCCUUGGCUGCUUUAGAGUCUUGAUUUCUCAAUAGUAUGUAAAGUUGACUUGUAAAGACUUAAUAUGGUACAAGGGGAGUGAUUUCAGGGACUUAGUCACAGACCAAAACAAAACAUUUUAAUGAAUGAAUGGGGUCUAGUUGUUGAUUUGUAAGUGAUCAUCUCCCUUCCUUCCCUUGUAGGAUUUUUAGACUCUCAGGAGCAAUUGGAGCUAAUCCACAUCAUGGAAAUGGAAACCACUGAACCUGAGCCAGACUGUGUAGUGCAGCCUCCCUCUCCUCCCGAUGACUUUUCAUGCCAAAUGAGACUCUCUGAGAAGAUCACUCCUUUGAAGACUUGUUUUAAGAAGAAACAGGACCAGAAGAGACUGGGAACUGGAACCCUUAGGUCUUUGAGACCAAUAUUGAACACUUUGCUAGAAUCUGGCUCACUUGAUGGGGUUUUUAGAUCUAGAAACCAGACUGCAGAUGAUAAUAGCUUACAUGAACCUAUGGUGAAAAAAACCCUGGAUAUCAGUCCAUCAUGCCCACCAGCAGAAAACAAUAUAUCUGUUUUGAUUCCUGAUAGGACCAAUGUUGGAAGCCAAAUAUCAGAAGCCCAUCCUUCCACUGAUACUCCAGAACAAGUGGUUCCAAUCCAGGAUCAGAACUUUCCACCAGAAACCAUCAGUGGAACAGUGUCAGAUUCUACAGCAGGGCACUUCCAGACUGACCUUUUGCAUCCGGUUUCAGGUGAUGUUCCUACUAGUCCUGACUGCAUAGACAAAGUGAUAGAUUAUGUUCCAGGGGUUUUCCAAGACAAUAGUUUUACAAUCCAGUACAUUUUGGACACCAGUGAUAAAUUGAGUACUGAGCUCUUCCAGGACAAAAGUGAGGAGGCUUCCCUUGACCUAGUGUUUGAGCUGGUAAACCAGCUGCAGUAUCAUACUCACCAAGAAAAUGGAAUUGAAAUUUGCAUGGACUUUCUGCAGGGCACUUGUAUUUAUGGCAGGGAUUGUUUGAAGCACCACACAGUCUUGCCAUAUCACUGGCAGGUCAAGAGGACAACUACUCAAAAGUGGCAGAGUGUAUCUAAUGAUUCCCAGGAGCACUUGGAAAGAUUUUACUGUAACCCAGAAAAUGAUAGAAUGAGAAUGAAGUAUGGUGGACAAGAAUUUUGGGCAGAUUUGAACACCAUGAAUGUGUACGAAACAACAGAAUUUGACCAACUGCGAAGACUGUCAACACCACACACUAGCAAUGUCAACUCUGUUUACCACACAGUCUGGAAAUUCUUCUGUAGGGACCACUUUGGAUGGAGGGAGUAUCCUGAGUCUGUUGUUCGAUUGAUUGAAGAAGCCAACUCUCGGGGUCUGAAAGAGGUCCGUUUUAUGAUGUGGAACAACCACUACAUACUCCCUAACUCAUUCUUCAGGAGAGAAGUAAAAAGGAGACCCCUCUUCCGCUCAUGUUUUAUAUUGCUUCCGUAUUUACAGACACUCGGUGGGGUUCCCACACAGGCUCCUCCACCUCUUGAAGCAACUUCAUCAUCACAGAUCAUCUGCCCAGAUGGGGUCACCUCGGCAAACUUUUAUCCUGAAACUUGGGUUUAUAUGCAUCCAUCUCAGGACUUCAUUCAAGUGCCUGUUUCUGCAGAGGACAAAAGUUACCGGAUCAUUUAUAAUCUUUUUCAUAAGACUGUGCCUGAGUUCAAAUAUAGAAUUUUGCAGAUAUUGCGAGUCCAAAACCAGUUUCUUUGGGAGAAAUAUAAAAGGAAAAAGGAAUACAUGAACAGGAAAAUGUUUGGCCGUGACAGAAUAAUAAACGAGAGACAUUUAUUUCAUGGAACAUCCCAGGACGUGGUAGAUGGAAUCUGCAAGCACAACUUUGACCCUCGAGUCUGUGGAAAGCAUGCUACAAUGUUUGGACAAGGCAGUUAUUUUGCAAAAAAGGCAAGCUACUCUCAUAACUUUUCUAAGAAGUCCUCCAAAGGAGUCCAUUUCAUGUUUCUGGCCAAAGUGCUGACCGGCAGAUACACAAUGGGCAGUCAUGGCAUGAGAAGGCCCCCUCCUGUCAAUCCUGGCAGUGUCACCAGUGACCUGUUUGACUCUUGUGUGGAUAAUUGCUUUGAGCCUCAGAUUUUUGUGAUUUUUAAUGAUGACCAGAGCUACCCUUAUUUUGUUAUCCAGUAUGAAGAAGUCAGUAACACUGUUUCCAUUUGAAAAAUAUUGGUACUGCUAAAUUAUUUGAUAUGAACUCAAUCCAGCAUUUGUAGCAGGUUUCAAAUGGGUGGGACUGGGUAGGGAACAGCAUUGGACAUUAAUAGGGCACUUUUCAGACCCAUUUUUUUUUUAAAUACUAGAAAGUGUAAUUUUUUUUUUAAAGAAAAAUACAUGUUUUUAAAUGACCACUUAUUCUUUAAUUAUUUACUAAUUGUUGUUAGUGUACUCAGUGUGAGAAAAAUAGAUUACAUGCUCUUUUCAUUCACACUUGUACAUAUAGGCAGCAAUAUUAUUAGAAACAUUUUUUUAAAAAACUGAACAGCCUAACUCAGUAUGGCUUGGGCCUUAUAGAAAUUUGGCCAAAUGAAAUGGAGGCUGUGAACAAAAUAAAGAUUAUAUUUAUUUAUUUACAUUGGUAAAACUGACUGGAAUUGGUACUACCAUGCCUAUUCUCUGCCCAAAGCAUCACUGUUUUGGGCAUAGUAUAAGUUUAAUGUGGUGGGCGGAAAGAAAUUUUUAUUUCUAUCAGCAGGACUAGAGAGCAUCAAUGACUUUAACUGUUCUGCAGAGUAUGACUGAGGAUUUAGAGUUCUGUUUAGAGGAAGUGAAGAAAAAAAGGAACCAUAUAAAAAUUUUUUGUCACCAGCAGAAUUUUUCACCAACUAGUUACAUGAAGUAUGAUUCUGAUAUUCUUAAAUUUCAGCCUUGAAAAACAGUCUCUUCCAUUGUCAUCCAACCCAAUUUGAAGGAAUUAGGUAGCUAAUUUGGUUAAAGCCAAGUCUUUAAUAUUUACAAGUAUUACCUAAUUUGGGGAUUGCAUACCUAGCCCCUGACUGAAGAUUUUAGAGAAAUAAAGUACAUCUAUAGCUGAGUCGUUAAAGUUCAUUACUAUGCUUUACGCAAAAUAGAUUCUCCAAAGUAUUUGUUGAGUUGGAAUUAUUAAAGGCGGUAAUUCCACCCCUACACCUCCUUUGUCAGAUGCAGUUAGGUUCCCUGGCUGGCUCUGUACCUUACACUACUUAAUAGAAACACAACUUGGAAAUUGUGCCACUGGCCUAGCUGGAGUACGGUUAGGUAAAUACGAUUUUGCCUCAGAUCAGAGAGGUAGCAGCUAGGUAUAUGUACUUCGCCGUAAGCAAAGCAAAUACCUGGAUUUACAAAAGUGGAAGUGGUUCACGGAAGAAUUCAUCACAGAAUUCCUUCAGAUAUGAAGCUCUCCUAAUAUGUUUAUGGUUACUUCAUUUACAUAAAGCUUUUCAGGAACUUCUGUGUUAUUUAAAGCAAGAUAUAUCUAUACUGGUGUCUCAGUGAAUCAGUCUGUUUCAGCACUUAUCAGGGCUUCCACAGUUAUUUAUUUUGCCCUAGUCAAUCCUGUUGUUUGCUGCCAUUGGUAUGAAACGGCCAACCGUGGCUGUUACAAUUCUUUCAUUGAAUUAUAACUUGUAAACCAGUGAUUCCCAAUCUUUUUCAAGUUAAGACACCUUACCAUUGCUUAUUUGAUUUUAUGAAACUUGUUCCUCUUUUCUCCCCUAAAGAAAAAGCUUUAUGACAUAUUUAUU